UUCCCAUUCACAAUCCAUGAUUAGUUCUCCUCCUCCCACUUUGUAACUACUCCGAGAGCUGUUCUCCGCUGCCGAUCGGGACUCUGUCUCAUUGUAUCCACUGCACUAUACAUUCUCAUUGAUUGGACUUACCCGGGGAAACCGUUUCAUUGAGGGCCGCUGUCAGGGAGAGGCCUCCGUGACCCAAAGCUGAGCCAGCCCGCACCCUGCUUUUGUGCUCUCUGCUGACCCUCUUAUAUUGGACCCGCUUCUUCUUCUUCUUCUUCUUCUUCUUCCUCCCUCCUUUCUUUCUCUCCUACCCCAGAUCUCUUUCCCUCCCUUUUUUUGCGGCCCAUUCCUUUCUCUUGUCUUACCGUCUUACCCCGGAUUUCGACCCCACUGUCGCCCCCUGUGAAACGCAGUGCGACCCGGGAGCACCGCAUCUACACCUACUUAUACCUACCUACGGAAUCCUACAUAUAUUUGUUUCUUCCUCUAAUCAUCGUACAGAAUGGCCAAGACAUUUUCCAAAGACGACGUAGCUUCGCACAGCAAACCGGACAACUUGUGGGUGGUGAUCGAUGAGGAUGUGUAUGACCUGACCAAGUUCCAGGAGGACCACCCGGGCGGCAAGAAAAUCCUGCAACGAGUGGCCGGUAAAGACGCAUCGAAGCAAUUCUGGAAGUACCAUAAUGAGGGAAUCUUGAAGAAGUACAAGGGCCAGCUUCAAAUCGGAUCCUUGGAUACGAAGAAGGCGGCCGCACCGGCGCCAGCACCAGAAUCUGCUCCGGCCAAGCAACAGGCAUCAAAGACUCCAGUGGGGCCCGUUGAUGUGGUCUCUGCGAAGUCGCUAGAAGCUCAGGAGCCUUUCGGCGACCUCAUCCCCUUUGCGGACCCGGCUUGGUAUCAUGGGUACCACUCGCCCUACUUCAACAAGACGCAUGCCGCCCUUCGCGAGGAGGUUCGGCAGUGGGUGGACACGGAGAUUGAGCCCAACGUGACGGAAUGGGAUGAAAGCAAGAACGUCCCCGAACGCAUCUACAAACAGAUGGGCGAGCGGGGAUAUCUGGCCGGCUUGCUGGGAAUGAAGUACCCGGUUCAGUAUACCUCUAAGCGGGUGCAAUCCGUUGCCCCGGAAAACUGGGACCUGUUCCAUGAGAUGCUUCUCACCGAUGAACUGUCUCGCUCUGGUAGCGGUGGUUUCGUAUGGAAUUUGAUCGGUGGCUUUGGAAUCGGAUGCCCCCCCUUGGUCAAGUUCGGAAAGAAGCCUCUGGUUGAGAGGAUUCUGCCGGGUAUCUUGGCUGGUGACAAGCGGAUAUGUUUGGCUAUCACGGAGCCCGAUGCGGGUAGUGAUGUCGCCAACCUCACUUGUGAGGCCAAGCUGACGCCCGAUGGGAAGCACUACAUCGUGAACGGCGAGAAGAAGUGGAUCACCAACGGUAUCUGGAGCGACUACUUCACCACUGCAGUUCGCACCGGCGGCCCUGGCAUGAACGGCAUCAGCGUGCUGCUCAUCGAGAGGGAGCAGGGUGGUGUUAGUACUCGACGCAUGGAUUGCCAGGGUGUCUGGAGCAGUGGCACCACGUAUAUCACGUUUGAGGAUGUGAAGGUGCCGGUGGAGAACCUCAUUGGCAAGGAGAACCAAGGCUUCAAGGUGAUCAUGACCAACUUUAACCACGAGCGCAUUGGCAUUGUCAUCCAGUGCGUGCGGUUCGCUCGUGUCUGUUAUGAGGAGUCGAUGAAGUAUGCACACAAGCGCAAGACCUUCGGUAAGAAGCUCAUUGACCACCCGGUCAUCCGAAUGAAGUUGGCGCACAUGGCUCGUCAGAUUGAGGCGACGUACAAUUGGCUUGAGAACAUCAUCUAUCAAUGCCAAUCAAUGGACGAGACGGAAGCGAUGCUCAAACUGGGAGGCGCUAUUGCUGGGUUAAAAGCGCAGGCCACGACUACGUACGAAUUCUGUGCGCGCGAGGCCAGCCAGAUCUUUGGCGGUCUCAGCUACAGCCGAGGUGGCCAGGGUGGCAAGGUUGAGCGACUCUACCGUGACGUUCGGGCCUAUGCUAUCCCUGGUGGUAGCGAAGAGAUCAUGUUGGAUCUCAGCAUGCGCCAGAGUCUGCGGGUGCAUCAGCUGUUUGGGCUGAAGUUGUGAAGUUAUAGGGCCGGCAUGAUGCCAAGUAUAAGAAUCUGCAGGGGUAUUGAGGGUUCCAAUAUCAACCAGUCUGUAGUAUAACAAUCAGGAUUGAAUCCAGAGGUAUGAACGCGUUAGUAUAUUGCAAGCACU